AGAGCAAGGAGAAAAAGAUGCAAACCGCUGGGAGGUCUCAUCUCAUGCUCUUUGAACGCCUGUGCGUAAAAAACUUCGAGCCUGGCCGUGAUCAGAUCGCCAGAGAGGAGCCAGACGAGGAAGUUGGGAGGAGGGAUUAUUGCAGUGGCGUGGUGUGUGUGCGCGCAGAAAAAGGAGUUUACACUGAACUCUCCGGACGCCUCCAGCGCCGUGAAGUUUCCAGUUCUGCUUUUGUAUCCAAACCAAUGCGCACAAAUGGACGCAAGACCUAAGUGGUGGCGCGUAUCUGCUGAGAAACGAGUUUUUAACACACUGUCUGUAUAAGCAAGUUACACACCUAUGCUGUCAAUGUCAGUACAGGUAGUGAAGAGGAUCCCGGAAGAACUCGUAGUGCAGGUUAUCAGGUUAUUUGCAUAGUCUUUACUUUUCAUACCCAAACGAGCGAGCGCCGAUGGACUUAUUCUGUUUGUUAAAAAAGUAGUUACUCUUUGUUAAAGUUGUCGAUUUUAAAGUGAAUGAACGCAAAGAAGAUGAAGGAGCUGAGGAAGAAGAAGCUGUACGUGGUGAUGGACGUGCUGUGCGUUUUCGUUGCUGCACUGCCCUUCAUCAUUAUGACCAUCGUGUUCAAGCCGUACGAAAGAGGAGUUUACUGUGACGACGAGAGCAUCAUGUACCCCGUGAAACCAGACACCAUCACCCAUGGAAUGCUGGCGGCUGUCACCAUCUCCUGCACUGUCAUCAUUAUCUCCUCUGGAGAGGCUUAUCUGGUCUACAGCAAGAGGAUUUACUCCAAUUCUGACUUCAACCAGUAUGUAGCUGCACUAUACAAGGUAGUGGGCACCUUCCUGUUUGGGGCAGCUGUGAGCCAGUCGCUCACCGACCUUGCCAAGUACACCAUCGGCCGUCCAAGACCUAACUUCAUGGCCGUCUGUGCCCCCAAGGUCUGCACGGGAUACGUGCAGGGAAUCAACUGCACUGGCAAGCCUCAAGAUGUCACAGAGUCCAGAUUGUCCUUCUACUCUGGUCACUCCUCUUUUGGAAUGUACUGCAUGCUCUUCCUAGCGCUUUACGUGCAGGCGAGACUGGUGGCUAGGUGGGCCAGACUUCUCCGGCCCACCAUCCAGUUCUUCCUGGUGGCCUUUGCGGUGUAUGUGGGUUACACCCGAGUCUCUGAUUACAAGCACCACUGGAGCGACGUGCUGGUGGGGCUGCUGCAGGGAGCCCUUGUUGCUGUGCUCAAUGUGCACUUUGUGUCAGACUUCUUUAAGAAACGUCCUCCACGUUGCACCAGGUCUGACACAGCUGAUAGCGAAGAGCCAGAGAGGAAGCCCAGCCUGCAGAUUGCAGACUCUGAGCAUGGCAACCAUUAUAACUAUCACCACACUCCAGGCCCUGUGUGAGAGGGGAUGACAUUAGGAAACGAAGGCUGCAGCCUGCAGACCCUGAACGUGGGUGAUGGGGCCAUGCAUCUUGCCCUUCAACCUUAGUUGUGCAGUCAACAGUGUUUAGAUAACCUGGGUCAUCUGCGGUCCUGACUCUUUAUGCUGCUCAUUUGCAGAUUCCUGCUGAUGCUAUAUCAGAAGUCCUAUGUGUGAGAUGUUAAAUUUUACUAUAUGAAUCCCACAACCAGCCCUUUGUGUAUCUGUUUGAAUGGAGUAAAGCUAGCGUUCCAGUCUGUAGCUUGCAGCCUCCAAGCCCCCAGCUCCCUCCCUCUGUCAACAACUCACACCCCACCUAGUUCCCAACCACUGGACUGACUGAGGGGGCUGCAUCCCAUCUUUUUGUGCCUGAGCCCCCUCUCAAAGACCCCAUGAUGAUCUCUUUUUCUCCUGUAAAAGAGAGACAAGUAUAUUGUUUUAAAUACAUCAUAGUUGAUGUCAGAGAGUAUGAACUUAAAGCUGCAUUAAGUCAAAAACUCUAAACCCACAGCAACGACCUUAUGAUGUAGCUAUGAUACACUAAGGGCUUGUGGCCAGUGACUUAGCAAACAAGUCACACACAACUGAAACAGAGGAACAUGGGCAUCCUAAUGAGAGUCCUUUCCUGCCAAAUGACAAAUGUAAGUCUGAUAUCCUCUUGUGUCUAUGCCACCUCCUCCUGAGAAAAAUAUGCUCUCUUUGGUUCAAUGCAUGGAAAUGCUUCAGGAAGCAGCUGCCCACAGCUAUAUAUAAUGGGUUAGAGAGCGUAGGUUGGGUUUCGGCCGCACGGGCCGAAGUGAAACAGCCUCAAAACGCCUGAAAACUGCAGAUAUCUGAGGCGGGAUUAGGUUGGUUGUUAAUAGGAUUGGUAGCACUAGCAGGUUAUUUACUCACCAGGGGCUCUUUAUAAUUUAAUGUCAGUAUCAAAUAUGUUGCCUAACCAUAUUUUUUGUCCGUGAUGAAAGAUGUGUAAGAACAAGAGGAAGGAAGACAAGAAUGUUUCUAGAUGUUGGUAAAGUCGCUGUUUGUUGAUUUGAUUAGCUGCACUUCAGUGCACCUUAAACCGGCUACACAGUGUAUUGCAAAGCAUAACAAAUUAUUGGAAGGGCAGCCAGUUCACAGUGGAUGAGCUAAUUUCCUCCCAACAUCAUGUCAUCCUGUUGGCAAAAGGCUUACAAACUAAGAACGUCAGCCACACCGCAGCUGCUUUCAAACAUGUAUGUUAACUUAACCAACACACUAAGCCAGUAGCAACUCUCAGAGGUGUUUCCAAUUAGCCAACAACACGGUUCUCCUAACUGCCACACAAACAGGACUGGGUAAACAAUACAAUGUUUUUAAAAGUAGGUACAGAGGUUUGAAAUUCAGCAUCCGGAUAUUGAUAUUGCUGGCAGCUCCUAAGUGUCUGUAUCACUGCCCAGUUAAGAUAAGUGUGUCCAGAUUAGAGUCUGACUUGUUUAAUCAUUUCAUCAGUGCCAGCUAGACUGAAUCUGAAAUAAGGAGGACAAAUGCUGAUUGUUAAGGGCAGACUUUAUGUCCAGACUGUUGGAUUCAUCCUCAGCAGUAGCGACACUAUUCUAAAAUGUAUGACUUUAAUUGUGGAGUUUGUGAAUGAUUUAUGUUUCCCGUGUGAAAUGGACUGCAGAGGUACAAACCCUUGGUGCAUUGGUGCAGACAGCUUUUAAUUCCUGUUGUACUUUGUGUCAUACCACUAUUAUAUUGCCAGUCAAAUAUUAAGAAAUUUGGCCUCUAUAUUUUUUUCCUGUUUUAUUUUGUGUAUUUUUUUUUUAUUUCUCAAAUACUAAUAAUCAAAGAAGCAUAAGACAGCCAUUUUGAAAAUGGUGUUUAACUUAUUUUAAAUACAAGAAUUUUUUUUUUUUUUCUACUCUCUAAAGGUUGGAAAUGCCAGCGCUGUUAAGGUUUUUGUGCAAUCACCCCUGCUUGCCACUAUGAGCCAGAAAUACUAUAUAUACUAAUGCUAUGAGACGUGUUUCGUGUUGUGUGAAGGAUGUGUAUACAUGCUUGUAUGUUUUUAUUUCACAUGUAAGUACAUUUUUUAUUUCACCUGUAGAGUGUGCUUCUCAGACUGGCGGCUGUUGGAGUUGCCACACAAACGGAUCCAAUUCCAGGUCCAAACAUAAACCAGAUUCCUUGGCAGGGCUUUUAAAGGGCUGUUGUAAUGAUAAAGGGUUACAUACCCAACUGUGUUUUUGAAGCUAUAGUAACACUGCUCCGUUCCCACUUCAAAGAUUUGCCUGUGUUCCUUUUUCCCUUCCUGUGCUGAUAGAUGAGGUUAAUUUGUGAAUAAGGUCUCCUGUAAAGUCCUUGUACAACUUGCAGACCCCUGGAGGACUGACAGCAGAUGAGACAGACCACAGAGCUGAUGGGGGGGAGACAGAAAGACAGAGAGAAUCUCACCUGGUAGUGAUUGUGAAGCCCUGAAGCUGAGCUGGGGCUGGAGAAAUGCUGGGUACUUCAGGAGGGUGGGGUGUGGGUUAUCCCAUGGUGAGCCUGAGGUCUUCUACACAUUUAAAACACAGAUUUAUGGCAAAAAAAACAGCUGGAACUGGUUGUGGUGAAGUGCUGUGCGAGCCCCCUUCCUCUGCUGCCUACAUCUAAAUCGUUCCUGCAUUACUGCAGCCAGACUACUAGCCUAAAUGAGGAUGAGGAUGUAGAAACGUCAUGGUGUUUGAUUCCCCUCCAGCUUCGUGGAAACCAAAGUUCUCAGCUGGUGACGUGGCUCCGUGUGUUAUUAUGCUGAAUUGAAUUAGAGCCUUAAAGUAGGCACUGGUUGGCCAAUCUCCUGUUUAUAUGUCAACUCGUAGGUAUGAUUCAUGUUUGCUUUUUGCAUAUAGAUUAUAGGCUCUAAAACCAGAGAAUUUUAAAUAAAGAUAUAAUCCAUA